CAAAGUAGCAGCGGUAGCAGCAGCAGCAUCAGAAGUAGCAGCAGGCAGCAGCAGCAGCGACCGUCGUCGACUGCCUGCCCUGCUUCUGUCUGUUGUUCUGAUCCUGAAUCAUUAGGGAAAAACCUUUGAGGCAAUCCUUGACAAAACCAUGGAUGCCCCAGAUGAUUCUUCAGUCGCAGACCCUGAAGUGACCGUAUUAGAGGAUAUUUCACCCAUUGACUUGGCUGAAUCCAGAAAGGAGGCAGGAAAUCAAUUGUACAAGAAGAAACAGUACAAAAAGGCACUACCUCUGUAUACUGAAGCUAUCAACUUAUCCCCAAACAAUGCCUCCUAUUAUGGAAACAGAGCUGCUUGUUAUAUUAUGCUCAAUCAAUACAAGGAUGCUUUGGCAGAUGGGAGGAAAGCACUUGAAAUCGACCCCAAAUUUGUCAAGGGUUAUCUCCGCUUGGCAAAAUGUUAUAUGAUGUUGGGUGAUUUGUCUGCAGCUGACAAAGCAUUAACAAAAGUCCUGGAAAUAGAGCCAUCCAAUCCACAGCUACUCCCUGAACGAGCCAAUUUGGCUGCUGUUCAGAAAUACUCGGAUGAUGCUGACAAAUGCCUGGAAAAACAGGAUUUUCGAACAGUUGUCUUUCUCAUGGAUCGUGUCCUAGAAAUUGUUCGAGGCUGUCAACGGUUCACAUUGAUGAAGGCAGAGUCACUCGCUUUGUUAGGAAGACAUGAAGAAGCCCAGGAAAUUGCCAAUAACAUCCUUCAAAUGGAUACCAAAAAUGUUGAUGCUAUCUAUGUCAGAGGCAUGAGUUUAUACUACCAAGAUAAUGUCGACAAGGCUUUUACCCACUUCCAACAUGUAUUAAAAUCAGCUCCUGAUCAUAAGAGAGCCUUAGAUAUUUACAAGCGCGCCCGAGCUCUUAAGUACACCAAGGAAAAAGGGAAUGAAGCUUUUAAGUCGGGAGAACAUCAGGAAGCAUAUGACCUAUACUCUCAAGCACUUCUUAUUGACCCCCUCAAUACUUCUACCAAUGCCAAAUUACAUUUCAACAGAGCUACUGUAUCCUCCAAGAUGAAUAAGUUGCAAGAGGCCAUUUCAGAUUGUACUGCAGCUUUGAAGUUGGAUGAUAAGUAUCUCAAAGCACUGUUGCGAAGGGCCAAGUGCUACUCAGAUCUUAACAAGCUAGAGGAGGCUGUAAUAGACUAUGAGAAAGCAUUUCGCAUUGAACGAAGUCGAGCCCACAGACGGUUACUGCAAGAGGCAAAAUUAGCUCUUAAACGCUCGAAACGGAAGGACUACUACAAAGUUUUGGGUAUUGACAAAACAGCUAGUGAAGAGGACAUAAAGAAGGCUUACAAAAAGAGGGCCUUAGAGCACCACCCAGACAGGCAUUCAAAUGCUUCAGACAUAGAGAAACAGGAACAAGAGAGAAUGUUCAAAGAAGUUGGUGAAGCCUAUGCCAUUCUUUCAGACCCAAAGGAAAAAGCUAGAUAUGACAGUAACCAGGACUUUGAUGACAUUGAUGGGAUGGAUGGGAUGGGCAGUGGCUGGGCUACAUGCGGAAGAUUUCCUGGUGGUUUCUUUGCAGGUGGAAAUCCUGUAUUCCAACAGAGUGAUUCCGGAUUUGGGGGGUACAAUUUCCACUUUGGAUAAUUGUGUUUGGACCAUGAAGUCUGCUUUGCUCAUUGUUGUCUAAGUCUACAUUCCUUUAAUGUAAUAUAAACACCUAAGUUGGCACAGGCAUCUGUUGUACCACGGUUUGGAUACUGAGUUGCUCCAGUUAUUAUACCAUGUUGUGUGAUGCUUAUGGUUGUCACUUUGAUUUCAUUUCAUAUUGGGUCAACACAUCAUCAGAAUUGUUUAUAAACUAGACAGGCCUACUUUGAAAAUCAAUGACAAAGUCUGAGCAGUUCAUCUAAAUCUUCAGCUAAUGGAAGAUAAAGAUGGGAAAAUAUUCUGACUUUAAAUGUGCAAUUAACUCAUGAACAUAAUAUCUUGUGACAUGAAUUGUUAACUUGUUACUUUUAUAAUUGACUUUUUAUGGUUCAGUAUCUGCUUUCUAUAGCGCUGGUGAUUGUUGAACCCUAAAAUCUGCGCCUUUCAUUCUAAGGCCUUACUUGGAUACACUGCGAUACACUUAAUGUGGCAAUGCCAUUUCAGGUGCAGACUGGUUGUAUGGUGCACCUCAUGAGGGCAAAUACAAUUUUUAUGAGCAGUGGUUCAAUUAUUGUUUAUUUGUUGUGAGGCACUGGUACUUUUCAGCUAUAACAUGUGGUAGAUGUGACAUUGAGUAAUAACUAAGGUAAAGGAGUGCAGCUUUUUCAACACAAUGGCAGGUUUUGAAAUAAUUACCCUGUGUGUUCUUCCUACCAAGUGAUUUCCUCUUCUGCAAACCACUUAAUUUUGAAUGUGACAGAUUUCCCAUUUGAAACAUUGAGAUAGACCUGUGAUAGCAAUGCAAAUUGUCACAUUAAUCCAUUUAUCAUUGUAUGUUUGUAAUACAUGUUUGAUGUGUGGCAGUAAGUUUUUGUACUCCAGAGUCGAGGUUUUGUAUUUAGUUUUCUUAUUUAUUGUUUGAGUAUUGUUUUCAUUACUGUUGCAAUCAGAGGCAUCAGUGAUUAAGACACUGAUCACAACAGAUAAUAAAUUGUUGUAGGUUCCUUUGUCUCCUAUUUUAGAGUAAGUUCUGAACUGGGCAAGAUUUCUGUCUUUGUGUUACAAAUUUUAGAGGAGGGUGGGAUGAUUUAAGUUGACUUGUUAGAUCAGUUUUUGCUGUACUUCUCAUGAAGUUUCUAUGAAAUUUUGAAGGCAUUCUAAUGUUUGCAUUGCUGUUACCACCAUUUUCUUGUCAAUUAUGAAUUUGGUUUCAUGGUUGAUGUAUGAACAGACCAGUGUGCUUGUUUGCAUACUGAAAUUAGACUAAGUAGGUAAUAUGGGAAUAAACUAGAUAUGUUGAGAAAACUCCUAUGCUGUGAUUAUAUAUUAGCAAGCUGAUAGUAUCCAAACUUUUGAGCCAAGGUCUUCACUGCAAAAAGAAAUCUUGUGCACUCUUUUGCUUUAAUUAAACAGGAUAAUCAAUUGGUU